CGCACGGGCAUCGGAGUCACGUGUUGGGGGUGAGCCACCUCCCGCGCGGGCGCUUCCUGUCGCUGUAGCUGCCGCUGCUUCUGCCGCUGCCCCUGCCGCCUGGGGGCUGCGGGAGCCCAGGGCGGUGCCGGGCGGGCGAAGACCGGGAUUUGGUUCGGCCGCCGCGAGCUGGGGCUCUUUGUGGAGUUCAGCCCUGAAGACAUGCUGCUGGGGGCGGAUGAGACUGAGGAUGAUGAGGAUCUGGAGGCUGAGCUGCUGGCCCUCACUGGGGAAGCAGAAACCACAGGCAGGAAACCAGCACCCAAAGGGCAGGCCCCCCUGCCCAUGGCCCACAUUGAGAAGCUGGCGGCGGACUGUAUGCAGGAUGUGGAGGAGGAGGAGGAGGAGGAGGAAGGGCUGGAGGAAGAUGCAGACCUGCUGACUGAGCUGCAGGAGGUCCUGGGCGUGGAUGAGGAGGCUGGACCCCUGGAUGGUGAUGAGGCUCCUGGCCCAGGCAUCUCUGAGGAGAAGGGGCAGGAAAACAUCGAACCUCUGGUGCAGACAGCCCUCCUGACGGCGUCGGUCUCGGCGGCUCAGGCUGGAGGGACUCAGCUGCAGGUUUUGCUGGAGGAACGGAUUCACAACUACCAGGAGGCUGCGGCCAGUGCCAAGGAGGCAGGUGAAGCAGCCAAAGCCAGGCGCUGUGAGCGCGGCCUGAAGACUCUGCAGGCCCAGCUAGUGGCUGUGAGGAAAGGCAGGAAGAUCAAUGAGGAUGAGAUUCCACCUCCAGUGGCCUUAGGCAAGAGACCCCUGGCCCCUCAGGAAACAGCCAACAGGAGCCCUGAGGCAGACCCCCCAGCGCCCCCUGCCAUGGAGCCAGACAACCCCUCCCAACCUGAGACAAGCCUCCCAGGCAGCCCUAGCAUUUCUGCCCUGCCUGAUUCAGAGCCAGACCCAGACCCACGGGCCUUGUUGUCAUCCCGGCAGAGAGAGUACAAAGUGGCUGCCCUAAGGGCCAAGCAGGCUGGAGAGCUAGACCGUGCUCGAGAACUCAUGAGGAUCGGGAAGAGAUUUGGUGCUGUCCUGGAGGCCCUGGAGAAGGGGCAGCCUGUGGACCUGAGUGCCAUGCCCCCAGCGCCUGGGGAUCUGAAGCCCUUCCGACAAGCCUGUCAGGCCUCCACAGCACCCUCAGUCGUUCCCCCAGCAGUGGAGCAAGUGCAGCCAGUGAUGGCCUCUGACAGCCCAGCAACCCCAGUAGCCCCUACAGAGGCCCAGACGGUGCUCGACGCUCUACAGCAGAGGCUGAACAAGUACCGGGAGGCAGGCAUCCAGGCCCGGGGCAGUGGGGACGAGCGCAAGGCUCGGAUGCACGAGCGCAUCGCUAAGCAAUACCAAGAUGCUAUUCGAGCACACCGAGCAGGACGGAAAGUUGACUUUGCUGAAUUGCCUGUUCCUCCAGGAUUCCCCCCCAUCCCUGGCCUGGAGCCCACCGUGGGCACUGAGGAGGAUGCAGUGGCAGCUACUUUGGCAGCUGCCCAGAAACUGGCUUCAGAGGAUACAGCCCCAGCAGAUGAAGACGAGGACAAGCCUCCGGGGCAUCUGCAGGGUGAGCCCCCAGUGCAGGCCCCAGCGGCCAAGAAGCCAGCGCAGCCUCUGGUCCCUUCAUGCCAGCCCCUGCCUGAGCCCAAGGCCUCAAGUUCUAAGGAGUCACUGAGUCCAUCUGUGCGGGAGCAGCUGGCACUGCUAGAAGCAAGGAAACUGCAGUACCAGCGGGCAGCCCUGCAGGCCAAGCGCAGCCAGGACCUGGAGCAGGCCAAAGCCCACCUGCGGGUGGCCAAAUGUCUUGAGGCUCAGAUCAUCCAGGCUCGAGCUGGCCAACCUAUUGAUCUCUCCAAGGUGCCUUCACCCUUGACGGAUGAGGAAGGUGACUUCAUCCUCAUCCACCACGAGGACCUGCGACUCUCUCAAAAGGCUGAGGAGGCGUAUGCCCAGCUACAAAAAAUGCUUCUGGAGCAACAAGAGAAGUGCCUGCUGUUCUCCAAGCAGUUCAUGCACCUGGGCAAUGUGGCUGAGACCACCCGGUUUGAGAAGCUUGCUCAGGAUCGCAAGAAACAGCUUGAGAUACUGCGGCUGGCUCAGGCCCAGGGUCUUGACCCUCCCAGCCACCACUUUGAGUUGAAGACAUUCCAGACUGUGAGGAUCUUCUCAGAACUCAACAGCACGGAAAUGCAUCUGAUUAUUGUCCGGGGAAUGAACCUCCCAGCCCCUCCAGGGGUGACCCCUGAUGACUUGGAUGCAUUUGUACGGUUUGAGUUUCACUACCCUAACUCGGACCAGGCUCAAAAAGGCAAAACAGCUGUGGUGAAGAACACAAACUCUCCAGAAUUUGAUCAACUUUUCAAACUAAACAUCAACCGAAACCACCGGAGCUUCAGGAGGGUCAUCCAAAGCAAAGGAAUCAAGUUUGAAAUCUUCCACAAAGGAUCCUUCUUCAGAAGUGACAAGCUGGCCGGCACAGCACAGCUGAAACUGGAGCGGCUGGAGAAUGAGUGUGAGAUCAGAGAGAUCGUGGAGGUCCUGGAUGGAAGGAAGCCCACCGGGGGGAAGCUGGAGGUGAAGGUGAGGUUGCGGGAGCCUCUGAGUGGCCAGGACAUGCAAAUGGUCACUGAGAACUGGCUGGUCCUGGAGCCCAGGGGCUUGUGAGUUUAGACUUACUACUGUGCUUUGCACCCCUGUGCGACAGAUGGUAAGCACCGGGAGAAGCCAGCGACUGUGUGCAGGAGCUUACUCUUCCCAGCUGUGCUGGCUUCAGAAGCCUCUGUACAUAAGAGAGAUGCUGCUACACAAGCACCAAAGACCUGUUAAGCACGUGCACUAAUGACCUUGACCCUUGUCUUUCCUGUUGCUGGCCCCUCCUGGGCCUCCACAGAAACAGGCUGGAUUCCAGAAGCCCCUCAUUCCUCUCAUGCCAUGGAGUCCUGCAGCCCCUUAACUCCCGCAUAGCAACUGUGCAGCU